UCUCGGGCCUGGAUUUUUGUGGUUCUUCGAGUCCUGUCCCGUCAGGGUCAACCUCGGCCAUCUCCCACCCAGUAAAAUGCUCGACUAGAGUAAGGCACGGAGUACUGCUCUAUUUUAAUAGUAGGAGAUCCAGUGGGUAGAUCCGGGGCCGUGGGCCAUUUUUUUUCUUGUUUCCAGGUUGCCUAGGCUCCCUUGGCGAGGAGAACAUCCCGAUCCUCGGAACCAAUCCAUUCAUUCAAUCCAUUCAUUCAUUGUCUGACACGACAAUUGGUGCACUCAAUUCGUCCCUUCUGUCUAAACGUCCGCCUGUCUCACAAGGGGGCCAACAGCAUCAAGCAAACAGCCCAACUAAACGUCCACUAGCAGCCACCGACGGCUGGCAAAACCACCUCAUUACUUCAUUCAAUGACAAGAUUUGGCCAGUUGGGGAUAAAUAACAAAAGGCAAUCAUGACGGUAACGCAUCGGACAGCCCGUGAGCUAUGGCGGCACAGCAGCCCCCAGUCGACCCAGAUGUGGAAGUUUAUGCUCCAUGUCAACCAAAAGUGCGGGCUCAACCUCUCAGACUACCCAUCUCUCUACAAAUGGUCAGUUGAGAACGUUGCCGCCUUUUGGGAAGAGGUUUGGCAUUUUGCCGGUAUCAAGGCCUCGAAGCCGUUUGAUCAGGUGCUGCCCGACAAGGCGCCCAUGUUCCCAAGGCCCGAUUUCUUUGCCGGUGCCCUUCUCAACUUCGCCGAGAACCUCCUAUUCCCGCCAAACGCCAAACUCGACCCGUCGGCUACUGCCGUUAUCACAGUGACUGAGAAUGGAGACCAACGCGUUGAUACGUCGUGGGCCAGCCUGAGAGAGCAAGUCCGCCAAUGUUCCAACGCCCUGAGAGCUGCUGGUGUGGGCGAGAACGACGUUGUCGCCGGCUUCGUCGCCAACCAUGUCCAGGCUCUCGUUGCCCUGCUAGGAGCCGGUGCCGUCGGUGCCAUAUGGACGGGCAUCAGCCCAGACAACGGCGUCAGCGCUGUACUUGACCGCCUAGUUCAGAUCAAGCCGCGAGUGCUUUUUGCCGACAACGCAACGCUUUACAACGGCAAGGAGUGGUCAAGCGCCGCCAAGACCCUCGAGAUUGUUGGCCAGCUGAAGAAGAACGGCCUAGAACUAGUUGUCGUCGUCAACAGCGUCAAGAGUCUUGAUACUGGCCUGGAUGACAUUCGAGCGAAAGGGGUCAAGGCGGAGGAGUAUGCGAGCUGGUUAAACACCUCGCCGGAUGAGCCCCUUAAAUUCAAGCAGCUCUCGCCUUCUCACCCACUGUACGUCUUGUACUCGAGCGGCACCACUGGGCUCCCCAAGGCUAUAGUGCACACUGCUGCGGGUACGCUUCUUCAACACAAGAAGGAGCACUAUCUCCACUGCUCGCUCUCGCCAUCCUCGAGGCUGUUCUACUACACGACCACUUCGUGGAUGAUGCACCACUGGAGCGUGUCAGCCCUGGCUGUUGGCGCGUCAUUGGUGCUCUACUCGGGCUCGCCGUUCCGGCCACACUCGUAUCUCUCCCUGCCACGGCUUCUCUCCACACUCCGCGUCACCCACUUUGGAACCUCGGCCGCAUACCUUACGGCCCUCGAGGCCAAUAACGUUCGGCCUGUGGAAGACCCAUCCUUAGACCUCUCGGCGCUAGAGGCCAUCUACUCGACUGCUGCGCCCUUGCCGCCCUCGACCUUUGCGUUUGUGUAUCAGGCCUUUCCCCCGAAUAUCAACCUGGCUUCCAUCACCGGCGGCACCGAUAUCAUAUCGCUGUUCGGCGCGCCUUGCCCCCUGCUUCCCGUGCGCGUCGGCGAGGUCCAAUGCGCCGGCCUGGGCAUGGCCAUCAGCGUCUUCGACUCGACCUCGGCGGCAGAGGACCCCAGGCUCGUCACGCCCGCCGACGCCCCUGGCGACUUGGUGUGCGUCAAGCCGUUCCCCUGCCAGCCUCUCACCUUCUUCGGCCGCGGCGGCGAGGACAAGUACCGCGCGGCCUACUUUGAGCGCUUCGGCCCGAGGGUCUGGCACCACGGCGACUUCGUCCGCAUGGACAAGGCCACGGGCGGGCUGGUGAUGUUGGGCCGCAGCGACGGCGUGCUCAAGCCUGCCGGCGUCCGCUUCGGCAGCGCCGAGAUCUACAACGUGCUGGCGCGCUUCUUCGCCCUCGAGGUCGAGGACGCUGUCUGCGUUGGCCGCCGCCGCGAGACCGACAUGGACGAGACCGUGUGUCUGUUCGUCGUCAUGGCCGCCGGCAAGGAGUUUGACGAUGAUCUGCGCACCCACAUCAAGGACAUGGUGCGCAAAGAGCUCAGCCCGCGACACGUCCCCGGCGUUAUUGAAGAGGCCAAGGGAGGUAUCCCCAAGACGGGCAACGGCAAGAAAAUCGAGGUCGCCGUCAAGCAGAUCCUUUCGGGGAUGCAAGUCAAGACCAACGCGAGCGUUGCGAAUCCUGAGGCGUUGGACUGGUUCCGCGACUGGGCAAGCAAGACCCCCCAGGCAGCAUAUUAUUAAUUCCCGCCAGCUAAGAUCUGUUAAGCCGUUUGGCAUAAGUUGUGUUGUUUUUAUAAAGGGACAUCUGCGAGUCUUGAUUUUGUUGGUGUUUGUCAGAUCUUUGUAACUAAACCGUUUGCUUAUCUGUCAGUUGGAAACGUAGAAGCCCGGAUCACUGUCCCCGAGGGUGCGGAUUGCU